AUGAACCAACACUUAGCUGGUGCCAUACGGCGCCAUUGGUUCAUUCUGGAAUCUGACCAGGACCGAAAUGAAGUUGUCCAACACCCUCCUUUAAUCGCCUAUAGAAAGAAUGUCACUAUAGGAGAAAAACAAAAGAAAUUGAAGAGCGUCAGUGACCAGAAUCAUCCAACUAAAAAUUGGCUCACCAGCGGUCCCCUUAAGGGCAAUUACCCCUGUAAGACGUGCCACCAUUGUAGACACAUGUACACGGGUAAUACGCUAACAAUAGGAGGAUGGCACCACCGAGUUAGUGAAAUGAUCACCUGCAGAUCCACCCACGUGGUUUAUGCCCUUCUUUGCCCUUGUGGUAGGUUCUACGUGGCCAAGACCAUCCGGCAGCUCCAGGUGCGGUUCCGUGAGCAUGUUCGCUCUCUCCGGACCAGACUUGGUGCCCCCAGGUUUAUUGCCCACAUGAACCAGACAGACAAUGGAAAUAAACCAUUUUCAUGUUCAGAAUGUGGGAAAUGUUUUACUUCUAAAUCAAGUCUUGUUAAACAUAAACAAAAUCACACAGGGGAGAAACUAUAUUCAUGUUCAGAAUGUGGGAAAUGUUUUACUCGGAAAUCAACUUUUGUUAAUCAUCAAAGAACUCACACAGGGGAGAAGCCAUUUUCAUGUGCAGAAUGUGGGAAAUGUUUUACUGAGAAAUCAAGUCUUGUUAAGCAUAAAAGAACUCACACAGGAGAGAAGCCAUUUUCAUGUUCAAAAUGUGGGAAAUGUUUUACUGAGAAAUCAAGUCUUGUUAAACAUAAAAGAACUCACACAGGGGAGAAGCCGUUUUCAUGUUCAGAAUGUGGGAAAGGGUGUGUUCAAAAAUCAGAUCUUGUUAAACAUCAAAGAACUCACACAGGAGAGAAGCCAUUUUCAUGUUCAAAAUGUGGGAAAUGUUUUAGUCGGAAAUCAGGUCUUCUUCAGCAUAAAAGAACUCAUAUAGGGGAGAAGCCAUUUUCAUGCUUAGAAUGUAGAAAAUGUUUUACUCAAAAAUCAGAUCUUGUUAAACAUCAAAGAACUCACACAGGAGAGAAGCCAUUUUCAUGUUCAAAAUGUGGGAAAUGUUUUACUCAGCAUUCACAUCUUGUUCAACAUCAAAGAACUCACACAUGAGAGAAGCCAAUUCAGAUCAGUAAAUGAUGCAGAUAACACAUCUAUAUAUUAACCAUGUACAUAGGAUAUCUGACAUUUAUACAUAUAUCAUAUACUGCA